GCAAUUCGAAGCAGAAGCGGUAUUUUAUGUGUGCUGCGCCAAAAGCGUUUACCCACUUCGAAAUGGGCUCAGAAAGGUGGUCUUCUGAGAAUAAUAUUACAUUCAUGAAUCUCUACAGAGAACAAGAAAAACUAUGGAAUUGUUUUGAUAAAAAUUAAAAAAGAGAGAUAUGAGAAAAAGCAUCUUUGGAAUACAUUGCAAACGAAAUGAGUCUAGUUAACACCAGUGAGGUAACUAAAAAAAUAAAAAUUUACUAUCUGCCUAUAACCAAGAACGCGCGAAAAUUGAAAAAAGUAAAAAAAGUGGGAUCUGGGUCGGAAGAUGUUUAAAAUGGUUCGAUAUAAUGGAUUAUAUAAUGAAAACAAUUAAUUUGAAAGAAAAGAAAACUACAAGCAAUCUGCCUAACGAUACACCGUCGGGGUCCAAAAUUUUGGAAGAUGAUGUUAGUCGGGACAUUGAUGAUAAGACUGAUAAUAAAUCAAUCGACUCCAGCGACAGCUCGUUGAUCAAAAAUAAAAAUCCAGUUCAACAAUGUGAUGAGUACGAUGUUAUUGGAAAACAUGUCGCUAUUCAACUGAGAGAGCUCCCAUUACUUGAUUUUAUAGACGCCAAAGAUGAAAUCCAACAAUUACUUUCCAGAUACCGAAAAAAAGCUAUAUGUGCCCGAAACACAUCUGCUUUUUCCUCAUAUAAUACAUCGUCGCCAACGUCCUACAUAUCGCUGACAUCACCAGGAUCCAGUGUACCAAGUGAUUCAUUCCCAAGACCUGUCCCAAUAUCUGAUCGGCCCGCAGAAACAGUUUCUCGGAAGCCAGUUCAAACAGUUGUUGGACAACCAUCAAAUGCAUCAUACGAGGGUAUCCACUUUGGUGAUCCACUAGUCAGAGCAAUGAUAGAUGCUGAUAUGAACAAUAUGCAAUAA